CAUACCUUUCAGGAAGUUGGUUCGAUCUGCGUUCGGCUCUCUCUAGAAUCAGCACUAUAAGAUAACCAAAACUAAGAUCUGUGAUGCCAAAAGAAUAUGAAUGUUGGUUACCAAAGUUCCAAAGCUAACAUUUACCAAAAAAUGGCACGAUUGGGUAUUUUUCGCAAACUGUUGUAUGUCGCAGUUUUCCUGCUUUUACUUCGAUUAUUUUGGGUGAAUAGACAUUGGUUACUCACCACACAAGUGAAUCCAAAUGGAAAUGCAAGAUCCCUGUUACAUGGCCUUGCUAAACAUAAUCAGGCCCAAAACAUGGAUAACAAUGAUAAACCUAAAGCAGAGCCAAUGAUGUCUGCUGGAAUCCAACAAAGUGGAAUGAGAACUGGGCUUGUAGCUGAGGGAAAACACUUCUACAUGGAUGGACAACCCAUUAGAAUUUUAAGUGGAUCGUUUCAUUAUUUUAGAACACCUCCGGCCUAUUGGAAAGACAGACUGUAUAAGAUGAAAGCAGCUGGACUAAACACAAUUACCACCUAUAUCCCAUGGAAUUUACAUGAGAAAACCCAAGGAAAUAUAAUACUUGAUGGCAAGUGGAAUAACAUAGGUAAAUUCAUACAAGAAGUUGAAGAAGUUGGAUUGUAUCUUAUCAUUCGUCCUGGACCAUUCAUAUGUGCUGAAUGGGAAUUUGGUGGCUUGCCAUAUUGGCUGCUCAGGGAUCCAAAUAUGAGAGUACGAACAAGUUAUCAACCAUAUUUAAAUGCUGUUGAGCGAUAUUUCAACAAAUUGUUACCUCUACUUGGGAAUUAUCUCUACACAAAAGAAAAGGGCCCCAUAGUUGCACUACAAAUUGAGAAUGAAUAUGGCAGCUAUUCAGAUGAUAAAGAAUAUUUGUUAUUUCUGCAGAAAUUAUAUCAGAAAUUUGAUCUAUAUGUCCUACAUUUCACAUCAGACGGUUCAUUUGGUCUCAUCCCAGGAUCUGUUCCAAGUGCUUUGAAAACUAUAAACUUUGUGAAAAAUCCUGAAAAGAAUCUUCGAAAUUUAACUAUUAUUCAGCCAAAUAAACCAUUAUUUGUAGCUGAAUUUUGGUCAGGCUGGUUUGACCACUGGACUGAGAAACACCACGCCUAUGGUGCUGGGGAUUUAAAGGAAUCAGUGAAGACAAUUCUCAGUAUGGGAAGCUCAAUCAACUUUUAUAUGUUUGUUGGUGGUUCUAAUUGGGGAUUUUGGAGUGGAGCAAAUGCUAAAAUGAAUUCCCCUCAGUAUAUGCCAACAGUCACGAGUUAUGAUUAUGAUGCUCCCAUUUCCGAGGCAGGUGACCUUACAGCUAAAUAUUCAGCUCUGCGGUACUUAUUCCACGAGUUGAAACUAGUCGGAGAUCUCCCUGAAAUUCCACUGGAAACCCCUAAAGCCUCUUAUGGGGUCAUUAAAAUGACUCAUUGUUUAGGUUUGGAGGAUCUGGUGGGAAUUUUGGAUCCAAGUGAUAUAAAGAAUCUAUCUUAUGUUAGCCCAAUGGAAAAACUGGAUAUAAAUAACAAUAAUGGUCAAGGUUAUGGUUGGAUCAUGUAUGAAACUAAAAUUAAAAAAGGUCAAAAGCUAACAUUCAAUGGUGAAAUCCGUGACCGUGCUCAGAUUUUCCUGAAUGGAAAAGAGGUUGCCGUGCUGAAUUGGACUGAAUCAAAUGCUCAUGUUUUGUUGGACUCUUCUACUAUGGGAGAAACAAACACUUUAGCAGUUUUGGUUGAAAAUAUGGGACGUGCAAAUUUCCGUCCACCUGUUAUGAAGACACUUGUUUUUGAGAAACAAUUUAAGGGAAUUCUGGGAGAUGUAUCAUUUGAUGGAAAAAAGAUAGCUCACUGGCAGCACAUUCCUCUCGAAUUUUGUGAUGUUUUUCGUAAAAAUUUACUUAAAACAAAAAUUUGGAAAAAUAUUGUGGAAAUUCAAGGCCCAGCCAUAUACAGAGGUAACCUCAAAAUAACAGGUCCCCCUAAAGAUACAUUUAUUUCAACUGAGGGGUGGAGCAAGGGAAUUGUAAUGAUAAAUUCAGUAAAUUUAGGACGUUAUUGGAGUGUUGGACCACAGGGGACGAUUUAUGUCCCUGCUCCCCUGCUAAAGGAAGGGGAUAACUCCGUGAUGUUAUUUGAACUACAUUCUGCAAAUGGUGACAAGAGUGUGGCGUUUUUGGAUCACCCAAUACUUCAAAUUGCUCAGAAAAUAUAGUCAAAUGAAAGAAGUCUGUUCCAAAUUUUUGCUCACUGUUCAGAUUUUUUUAUGUAUUUUUAAAAGUAAAGUUAUUGGGCAUGUACAUGUAUUUAGGAUGUUAAAAAGAUAUCAGUGAUUCAAAACCGUCCAAAGUUGCCAUUUCAAAUCAAAAGUAACAAAAGUAAUCAACUCUAGAACUAAGCAUCAUUGUGUUUAUGCCACAGGUGCUGUGAUCAAGAGUCAAUAUUUUUUGUCUGAGAAAUCAUUGUUUAGAUUCAGG